CGCCGCCCGCAAAAAUAACUGGCAACCCUGGCGCCGAUCAAAUGGAUCGUUGACAUCGCAUAUUGCGUUUUUUUCUUUGUUCUCGGAUGGACGUGCGUGAAUAGUUUUUGUCUUUGCGUCGAGUCCAGCGCGAAACUUCGUUGAACGCGAAGGAGGUGAUGGAGAGUCCGGGCAGCGUCCAAGUGCAGCGCACGAUGAAGUUGGAGCCCUAAAAAAAGAAGCCAGCGGCAGUGAGCCAUCUUGUUUUUUAACGGACCACCUUGGUUUUUUUUUUCUUUUUCGAAAAAUACAAAAAAGUAAUUAUUGGCGUUUAACGCGCGUGCGAGCCGCCUAAGCUCGCGCUGGGCGAGUUUUGCGGCCGACCCGAUCAGGUCGCGAAGAGUGUUUGAAAAAAAUUGGCUAUGUUUUUUUCUUUUUGUAUGUGUUUGCUUUCGGCCACCAGAAGGCCAUUUUUUCCAGGCUCCAUUCGGCUUUCCUUUCUUGACAGCUGACAGCAUUAGGGCAAAUUUUUAGGGGUAACGGGUCUUGGCGAAGUUAUUUCUGGGCACCACCGGGCCAACUCGGACGCCGGCGGUGCAGGGAGAGCGGCGGAUCGUCGAGGCGGCCCAGCGAAAUGAGCAGGUUCUUUUUAUUGUUUCCGCUUGAAAUUUGUUUGUUUGAUCGCGUCUCGUACGGGGCGCCCUUUUUUCAAACGGCGCUCCAUGGACGAUUUCUGGUGAGGCUCUGGCCGCGCCGGGGUUGAUGGAAGGCCCAGUAGCGCCCGGGCGGCCCUUUUCGUGGACUGUGCUAGCCGCCGAGUCGCUGCGCGGCCGCUCGCCCUUUGUCUCGGCCGGGCCGGGGCCGUCGCUCGAGUAGCCGUUCGCGGCAAGAUGUAAACAAUGGACCCAACCUUCGGUUUCUCAUCGGGGCUGCCCACCCAGAUCCCGCUCUUCACGUCAGCCCACCGGCUGUUCAACUUCUACAAUUUGGAGAAGGAGUCUAUGCUGUACGGCGAAAGUGGCCCCAGGGAGAACAGCGCCAAUGCAUCGUCCGCCCCGGGCCCUCCUCCGAACGCGCUCUGCGUGGCCAACGCCGGCGGCGCACACCACAGCGGCUCGCACGCGGUCUCGGCCGCGGCCGCCGCCGCCGCGGCUGCGGCCAACAGCGUGCACAGUGUGAGCACGCAGAGCAGCCCGGUGCCGCACCAGCAGCAGCAGCAGCAGCCGGGCCCUCCGCCGCCCCAGCAGCAGCAGCAGCAACAGACGGGGGGUCCCCAGCCGGGCCCCCAGCCCCACUCCGCCGCAGCCGCUCAGCCACAGCCCAAGGCGCCCGCCAAGCGGGGCGAGUUUCCGUGCGAAAUAUGUGGAAGAGUCUUCACGCAGAAAGGGAAUCUGAAGAGUCAUAUGUACUGUCAUUCUGGUGAGAAACCGUACAACUGCGACGUGUGCGGCAAGGGAUUCACUCAGAGGUCGAGCUUGGACUACCACCACACGCUGCACCUGGGCGAGAAGCCCUUCGGGUGCGAGGUGUGCGGCAAGCGGUUCACGCAGAAGGGCAACCUCAAGACACACAUGAACUCGCACACGGGGGCCCGGCCGUUCCGCUGCGAGAUCUGCGGGCGCGGAUUCACCCAGAAGGGCAAUAUGAAGACUCAUUUGGCGACCCACUACGGGGAAAAGCCGUAUGCGUGCGAGGUGUGCGGCAAGCGGUUCACCCUCAAGGGCAACCUCAAGACCCACGUGAUGGCCCACGAGGGCGUCAAGCCCUUUGCCUGCGAGGUGUGCCACAAGAGCUUCUCGCAGAAGCUCAGCCUCGAGUACCACAUGAACAGCCACAUGGGCCGCAAGCCGUACGCCUGCGAGGUCUGCGGCAAGGGGUUCACCCAGAAGGGCAAUAUGAAGACUCACAUGCGUUCCCACUCGGGCGAGAAGCUUCACACCUGCCAAAUCUGCGGCAAGGGGUUCACCCAGAAGGGCAAUAUGAAGACCCACAUGAAGAUUCAUCUGCGUCCGCCGUCCCUCGACAAGCCCUACUUCUGCGGCAUGUGCGGCAAGUCGUUCGUAAUGAAGUCGAGCCUCGAAUGCCACAUGGCCACCCACGUGCCCAAGAACGGCGCCACGGGGCCAGCAGGGAACCACCCCAGCCACCUGACGCUGGGGCCGAGCCACCUGGCUCUGGGCACGUCCCAGGCGGCACAGGCCGCCCAGGCGCAGGCCCAGCAGCAGCAGGCACAGGCCCAGGCCCAAGCACAACAGGCCCAACAACAGGCCGGUCAGCAGCAACAGCAGCAGCCUGGCCAGGCCUCGUCACCCGGUUCUCCGCCGCCCACCAUGGUGCCACCUCGCAGCCUGACCAACAUCCAGGCCAGCAUCCAGAGCAUGGGGGGCCUAAAGGGCAUGUUGCCUAGCGGGGCGGCGGCUCCACCCCCGCCGCAGGGGGCCGGACCCAGCAGCGGCUCCUCGGCCAUGUGCGCCCUCGGUGGCGCACCUCCGGCCGGGGGAGACAAGCCCACCGUCGUCGUGCCUGGAGGUGCCGUCCUCUCCGCCCUCUGAGGAUGGAGUUCGGUGUCUUCCAGUGGCCCGCUGCUGUCUUCCCGCAUCCACCACCACCGGACCCUAUUGCCCCUGACCACCCGAUACCCCUGACCCCUGAACACGCCCAAUGUCUUCGGCCGACGCGUCGUCGCCCUGAGGACUUCGCGCCCACUGGCUGUGCUGUCUUGCAGCCAACUGCCAGGAAAACUGCGUUUGUAACCGCACUGGCUCGCGUUCGAGUGUAAACCCUUUCCAAGAGCAGCAGAAAACACGGGAAAUAAGAAAGAGCAGGCAGACAUGUCUCGCAUCAUGCCGCCGGUCAGUACUGCCGGCUCAGGUUUUUUAGAUUCAUCUACCUCGCUGUCUCAGCCUACCUCUUGUUCGCUCUUGCAAUCCUCCUCUGUUCUUCCACUUCCCUUUCUCUGUUACACUGCCCACUCUGGGGCCGUCUUGUUUUCUUUCCUCACUUGGAGAGCGAGGCGCGGUCUGCGUCCACCCUCGAGGACCCCUUGUGGUGGCAAAGCUUAACGCAGCAGCAGCAGGCAGUCCCGUGUUCUGACACUUGGAAGCAUGCUAUUCCACCAGAGCCUGUACGAAACUGCCACAAGGGUGUCAUUCAGUCACCGACCGUUAAAGGUGCGUUCCGCUCUCUCUGCCUUAAACCUGUUCCUCGCUGCCUCUUCGAAAGCCAGCGCUUUGCACUCUGGCUGAGGCCGCCUAGCUUAGCAAUCCCGUCCAGGAGGACAGCUCAGUGUGGGGUGUGUGGCUGUUGUUUUUUGUGCGUGAAAUGUGCACUCCACACAUUGCAGUGCCUUUUCUCGGGGAAAGGUGGUUCUUUCAUUAGGCCAUGAACUUUUUUUUCAUUAGUUCUUGGGACGUGUAUAUUUGGGCUGCGGCAUCUCUGUUCUUUCAUGCCACAGUGGCCACCAGUUAGCUUGGAAGUUCUAACGUUUUAACCUGGUUGCAUCUGGUUCUUACUAUCAUCUUCGCCGUUUUCCUGUUCUGAAAGGCCCACCAGUUGGCAGUUAGUUUUCUUGCGCAAAAAAAAACUCGAGAGACUAAGAAAAGGGCAUAAACAAAACAAAAAGUUCAUGAAAAAAAAGAAUGGCAGACCCAGAAUGAGGCACACCCCACACUCCUGCUCCGUUCCUUGCUUUUCCACCUCGCCGUUUUUCUUCGAGUCCUGUGCUUUGUUGACCUUACAGAGAGAGAGAGAAAAGCAGCAGUGUCUUUGAAUGCACCACCACGACGUCGUCGGCUCCUUGGGCGACUCCCUCACCCUGGCCUCCUUUUUUUCCCCCCCCCCCCUAUUCACUCUCUCUCUCUUUCUCCUCGCUCCUCAACAUCGAGGCAACUUCUUGCAAGAGAGCAGCACAUCCGGAAGAGGAAUUGUUGUUGCAUGGUACGGCUUGAUCCGCGAUAUCUGCGAACAUGAAGAAUACUCUCCCACAGGAACUUGAAGUAGCAAAGCAGAGAAAAACAAACUGACUUUGAGUGGCUAUGAAGAGCGGAAUUGAUGAGAAACCCAAGGAGUUAACUUUUCUAUGUACUUUUUUUUUAUUACUAUUAAGUUGUGUUCGUGUAACACAGUAGCAGCUACCCGGAUGGCAUGUUUGCCAUCUGGCCUGCGAGACCGCUUAUGUCACACUUUUUUUUUUCUUUGUCAUCUGUGACUUGUGCGUGUCGGCGUUUUUUUUUUUUUUUUAAUCUCUUCAAAGAUGUGUUUUUUUUAUGAAGUGCUGUUAAUGGUCAUUGUCGGGGGAUGCAGGUUGCAGUGUGUGUUGUUGGCAUUUGUUUCUUGUUUCUUUUCUGCUCUUUCGAUGUUGAUGUACUUUUGAAAGGCAGUGUUGUAGUUCUAUAAUGAUUGUCUGUGCUUUCCUUUCUUGAUGCACUGCAGUGUUGUUGUGUUUGCCUUUUUUUCUGUGCUGCUUUGUGACUAGUGCCGAUCUGAUGUGGACACUCAACCAUUGGCUUUAAUAUGACAUUUUAAUGUUUAAUGUCUAAUAAGUUGAUUGUUUUGCUGGCAGCUCUGUAGAGCUUAGCAUUACUGUGCCCUAACAGAUGAAAAAAAAAAAAAAAGCUGCGAACAUUCCUUGUGUUGUGGCUGUUUUAUAAUUGAAAUGAAUUAGGUUAGAUAUUUUUCCUACCUUUUGAGUAUGUGAAAGAGGAAAGAUGGUCUUGUACCUAUCUUGUGCAUGAGCACCUAGUGUCACGAUCUUCCAGAUUUGGAACUUGAGAAAACUUGAGCUUUCUUCCCAUUCAUUUUUAAAAGAUUGCUUGUGCACUGUUGAAGUGACAUCUCAAUGCAGCAGGUGUAGUGGUUCAUUGCACGCUGCGUGCUUUCUACUUGUUGCUUGGAAGUAAGCUUGAACCUGUUGGGUUGUAGAAGGGAAUGUCGCGCAUGGAUGGAUGAACGCUUCCCCUCGCUCCUUUUGUUCCCUCUCUCCCCUCUUCUCGUCCUGUGGGACAAGUGAGCAUUGGUGUGUGGCGCAGGAGCAAGAAAAGCAAGCCCGUUCCCAUGCUGUCCCUGCUUAGCAAGUGUGCCUCUUCUCCUCACUCUCUCCCUUUUCUCUUGCCCUGGCUUGUGGUGCUUGACAUAGACACGUGCGGGUGACACACACAGACACACAUGCGGAAAUACACACACACGCACACAUUGUGAAGGACGCUGUUUGGUGCGACGAGUGGCCGCCAGGCCAGCGGGACGGUUGUUUUGGUGCGCCCCUUUUAUUCUCCCCCCCUUGCCACCCCCAAGGCUUAGCCCCGGUCCCAGCCCUCGCCCCUGGGAUGCCCGAGGGAGCAGAAAAGGCCUUUUACGGAGUGGCCGGCCCUUCAGCGACGUGGUCGAGCGACUGACGCGCAGGACUGCUGAUAAUCCUCCCUUCCCUAUAGUCCCAUCCCCCACACCUUUCAUCGUUUGGUUUUUUUUAAACUUUCCCCCUUUUUUUUCGGAACGCGUGACCGACUGAAGAUCACGAAGCGUUGCGGUCGACCCGGGGACUUGCGGGGGUGAGUGUGCGUGUGCCGCCCCCCGCUGGCUGCCAGGCUGCCGCACCCGGGAGCGCCCACUGAUGGUAGCGAGCGGCAUUGGACAUUGAUUGUGUGGGCAACACUCCCGUUGUGUUGGUGGCUGGCCGGCGGAGCUCUCUAGUUUUUGAGCAAGAUGUACACGCAGACGUGCGAUUGUGUGACGAGUUGCGCCUGCAUCCCCCAUUCUUGUGGCGAAGAAGAGAGUGUGCAUUUUGAACGUGUGUGCUUUUGGGGCACGAGGCACCCUGUGUCUUGUCAGGUGCAUAUGUAUGUCUGUUUUUCCUCCUCUGCCGUUCUGAGUGCCCCAAGAGCCUGCUUUCCUUUUUCUCCAACUGGAGCAGUUCCUCCAGCCUUGGCUCUCUCUGUCUCGUUGCUUUGCUGCCAUGCGGCUGAUUUCUAAUAUUUCCUUUUACUUGUCCUCCUUUCUUCAGUUGAGUCUGCCACACCCGUGAGCGCCAACUGUUGUCUCUGAACAGAGUCGUGCUGGUGUAUGGCUCGCGGGUGUGCCCUCGCACUGUUUCCUCCCCUUUUUAGUUCUUGCCCUCCCACAUUUUCAAAAAACAUGGCCUUUGUUUUCUUUGUGCCAAUUUGCUUCCUCUUGCUCCCUACCCUUUUCUUUUUCUUAAUGCAUAGGAAGUGUGUGUCUUCUGGUGUGUAUCAGGUCUGUGCACUGAGAACUGUCCCUGAUUCGAUGUCACAAGUGGGUUCUGGUCGUCGUCUUUAAGUUUUGUGCUGUAGGCAUAAUGAGUGUAGUGAGUGUGCGUGCACCUGUGGAAGCCUAUAUGUAUGGCCUUUGGAUUCGUUUGUAUGUACAGACGGGGCAGUCUUCAGGAAAUUGCGUGAGUGGAGAAAAAUUGUUCAUCCGAACGUUGGUCCUUCCAUGCUGAAAACAUGAGCUUGCCUGUCCCUCCCCUUCCAAAAAGUCUAAGGAAAGAAUCGUUUUUGACUUACUAUGCAAAACUGCAGUCUGAUCGGUGCGUGUGUGUGCUUCCAGGGACGAAACAAAAAAAAGUGUUUUUCAGUGGAAAGGGCUCCUAACAAAUGCCCCUUGUGUAAGUGCUUUGUCCUUGGCUCCCAGGGACAUUCCCUCUCUCCCCUUAUUGCGGUCUGCUUGACAGGUCCAGGAUAGUGCACUCGAAAACUGUCCCCCAACCCCUUCUGGUGCAGUUGUCCCAUUAUUACCGAGGCAACUAGUGUCGUGCUUUUCUCUCCCUUCUACCUCGCCCGCUAACUUGUUGCCGCGCUGGCAGCUGAUGUGGUGCCCCGUCUUUAAGAUUGUGUCUGGGUUUGUUUGGAGAUGAAGAAGAAAAAAAAAAGUUCCUCUGUCGCACUCGUGGGCCUGUGGUGUGCCCGGGCUUUUCUGUGGCACCCUUGGCACCGCCCGACCAAAGCCUCACCCAGUGCAUGCAUGGACACACGCACACACACUCGCAUACGGAAAGCAAAAACCCCUCGGUGGGCCGUGGUGGAGCCCACCGCCAUCGACGACGGGCGGCGGCGAAGCGCAUGCCGCCGCCGCUGCCAUCGUGACACCAGCGUCGCGACAAGCACCACACCACUGGUGCCGGGACGCCUCCUCCGCCAAUCUGCCACUCUUCCGUGGCAUCAGCGACGACGACAACCGGAAAGACUCACGCAAAAAGGAAGGAAAAUGUGGGGACAAUUAAUUUCCCAUCUGGCGCAUCUUGGAAGUGAUCAUAGCAAAAAAAGGCACCGAGUGAACACUCCUUCAUUGGUGUUGGGGUGGGGGUUCCUCGAGCUCCGCAGGGUGCCUCGCCGGGCCCGCCCUUCGGAGCGACCGCAAAAUGAUGUCCCGCGUAAGCAUUGGUGCAUGGCGACCCGUUUGACAGGUGCCGCACGAUUGGGGGACGAUGUGGCUGCCAGCGGGAGAUUCUGUGGCCACCAUGUGCGCGUCGCCCAACAAGACUGUGCCUCAGUGGUGUGCAGUGCUGCGUGCGGUGUGGUUUCUGUGCUACCUUCGCCACUGUGUGACCCUGCAGGCCAGUGCUACGGGUCUCUCCGCGGCUCCGAAAAAAAAGGGGGGUGGGUCCUGAAACAAAAAUGAAGUGGCUUACGUGCGGCACCAUCCCAUUGGUCUCUUCGGCCAUACAAGAAAACAAAAGUGGGGGACAAUACAGUGUGUUUCUGGCAAGUGGAAAGUUUUCUGACUUUAACAAAAAUUUAAGAGAAAGUUGCAGUCCUGGUUUCUGGGUGGAGGAACCUCCUGGAAAUGUGUGGCCUGGCGUGUCGGUUGUCGUCUCGUGUGUUUGGUGUACAUAACUCUUGUCUGGUUUUUUUUGUGGGUCAUUUAUUUAUGACGAGGGAGCAUGUGAUCCCUUCCUGUCCAGGCCCUCGAAUCCCUCGGCCCCGCCCCAGUUGUCCUGCGAGACGCUUCAGGGCGGGGCUGUGGUGCUCUCUCUCUCUGCAGAGGGGAGUGUAUAUAAGCAGUGCCAGCAAAGUUCAUAAGCCUCCUUUUCCCUUCCUUCCUCUCGUAGUGGAUAGUGCCCCCACCGUUUCAUACCUCAGAAGAGCUUUUGAAGACAUCCCCUGUGUGUGCAUUCACUGUUGGAUGCCCCGUGGCACCAGUUGUCCUUAGUUCUGAGACGCUGAUCCAGCUUUAGCCGAAUGCCAAGUGCUUUUGUCAGGAAAGUGCAGCCGCUGUGUGGGGGGCAGUGCAGGUUUGCUCGAAAGUUGUCUGAGCAGCUGUCAAGACCACGGCACUCUCUUUGAACAAGCUUGUGAGUGCCGUGAAGGAAUUGCCCGCGGGCGUACACGAAAGGCUCUUUCGGGACUGUCAGCUUUUGCAUUGCAAGAUAGUGGAAAGCUGGCCUUGUUGGUGAUGCACAGACACUUAGCACGAGGCGGACAGAAGCACACACUGGCAGCUUUGCUUGCACGCGUGCGCUGCUGUCCAUCACGUGUUGCUGUGCUGUCUGACCUCGCACUGCAGUUCACACAGUCUUCUGGGACGGCUCUCAGUCAGCGCUGUGUGUGCCGCUCGCUGUCUCAUAUUUUCUUAUGUUUGCUGCUGUCGCGCAUCGUGCUUCAUUUCAUCAGAGUCGUCCAUAUUUCCAUUUUGUUCUCCAACUUCACUUUUUUUUCUUUUAAACAAUAUCGGGACAAUUCGACUCUGAAAGACUAUAUUCUAAAUGCAGUGUUCAGCCAAUUAAUUUCUUCAAUGUAUGGGCUGAUGCUGGUUGCUGCUGCUGCUGCUGUCUUAAUCUUCGUACACCGUUUUGGCAUUCAUCGGCUUUUUUUAAUCUUUCUUGAAACAAAAGAGUCAUUAAGGUGUUUGAUGUGAAGGUUUAGCAGGCUCUUAAUCUUAAAAAAUGUGUGGCCUUACGUUUGAUGGGCGGCUUGAAAAGACUCUUCCAACUUUAUGCGUGCAGGCUGUCACCCAUAGUUAGCCCUUGAUUGGGCUUUUUAUGCACUCGCAUUGUGUUCAUCAUCGAUCCUCCUCAUUUGCUUUUUUUUAAUUCUCGAAGGGGAAGAAGAAAAAGAUUCGCACCACUACCCUUCCUUGUGGCAACUAGACCUGGCACGCCUCCCCUAUGCGUUUUUUGUUUUUCCUUCACCUCUGGUGUGCAUGGUUUUUUUCACCUCUCCAGCAGUCAUUCACAUCUGCCUGAGUGAGAAUGCAAAUGUGCUAUCGUGACUCGCAUAAAAUGCGUUCUUGUUUUUGUUUGGCUUUCGCAUUUCUGAAGUUACUUGUUUUGUUGUGCAGUGUAUCGUGACCUCUCCCCUCCUUGUAGAAGUGUAAACGUUGUGGUUGUGUCCUUCUUUACUCUGGCAUUUUUUUAUUUUCAAGUUGCGGGCCGCAGCAGGUUAUCUCAUGAUGCGUCUGCUUGGUUGGAUCGUUUUCAUUCUGAACUGCGCUCGGCCAAUCCGUAGUUUUAAUGCACUCCCCCCCAUCCAUUUUACACCACCUGCUUUGAAUGAACUUUCGAUUCAAUUUUGAAGAAAUUUUUGGUUGAUACAAGCAUCCUCCCUUAACUGCUCGUUCUUAAACACAGCUGCCACAGGACACCCACAUGGCAAAAGGAAUUGGUAUUGUUCUUACUGUAAUCUUGGAGUCUAAGACUAUCAAAUUUUUCAUACUCUGUUCUGCUAGUUUGCCUUUGUACAAGGCUGUUUGGUUGCCUUCAUGGGCCUCGAGAAUGUUUCCGUUUUGCUCCCUAAAAAAAUUGCAAAGAUGUGUUGCUGGCAAUUGUGUCAUCAUUUCUCGGCAGUUUUAAGGUUUCAUUCUUUCUGUUUAUUCCAGUUAAAUUUUGCACGAUCAGUUUUGUUAUACUACGCGUGGGUGUGCCUGUGCAAAACAAGGAUCUCCUUUUACCCGACCCAAUCCCAGCUUUGUGUAAUGUUUAACUAUCCUCCUCAGCAGUGCGGUGCGAAGGAGAGAAACCCAACAGCACAUUGUUUGCGGUUGUUCGCUUCGUUUCCCGCACCUCCUGAUGAAUUGGUGGAGUUUCGGUUUCUCGUAAUUUGCAUUUCACUUGUGCUUUUUUGCCGAUGGGUCUGGUGCCUUCCAUUGCCUGUGUUUGCAGCAGUGGAGAGAGAGAAGCACUCGCGUGUUGUACAACCUUGCUCGUAGCGCCAGCUGGUUUCCCCCUCCCUUCCCUGUGUUGUCGUGCAUUAUUCUCAGCCUUGCCUACCACGCCUCCGCAUAACAUCAUGGCAUCAUUGCUAUUUUUUUUUGUCAACAUCAGAGUCUGUUUCGACCUUGUUGUCUCUCGAAAUACACGGGUCUUUGCCCUCACCCCACCGACCCUUUCCCACACUCAUUUGACCUGCUGCCAUCAUUUUCGAAGUAAAUUCAGGAUACGAGAAGACGACAGUCUGUUAGAAAUGUUGGUGGAUAUCUACAUUUUAUUGUGGAGAAAAAGAAGGUGGUCGAAAAGGGGGUGUCAAAAACGUUAAACGUGCAAAAAAAAUGCGGUCUCAAGCACCGCCCAUUUUGGAUUGUGCAGAAGUCCCUCGGUUGCUCUCUUUUUUAAAAAGAAAUGGUAGGUUGGUUAUGUCUCCCCAUAUCUUGUAGUUUUUAACACUGUUGAUGUGAGUGUGUCAGGAUCUUUUUAGGAGAAAAGUAAUCAGUCUGUGUAUAAUCGCCUGUUUGUUGCUGCGGCCGUGGAUCCAGGCAAGAGGACGGUGCACUGCUGGAGGAAUUUGUCCGUGUAAUUUACAUCCCUGUGACUUAUAUCGGUCCGAGCCCUGGACGUCGUCCACCUUUUCAUGCGAUGGGCUAAUUGAUUUUAAUGUUAUUACCCUGCUUUUGAGAAAAGCAUUACAGGGUCAAAAGAAAGUGCUCUCAGAGACUAUUGGUGCAAACUGUUCGCUGCUCUUUGUAGCAUUCAUUUUGUCAGGGCAGCAGAGUUUUUGACAGCAACCUUACCCUUGCCUGGUCCCGACGGGGCGUGACAAAACAUUUAGUGUGUGAUGCAAAGUGUAAUCAUGCGAAUAGUGUAACCUCAUCUGUUUUUUCUUCGUUUUUCGAAUUGCCAAUAAAAUGAUACGAGUGGCGUCCGUA